AUGAAGGUCAUCCCAAAUGCCCAGCUAAACCAAGUGGGCACCUCGAUUGGGCAGCAGCAAUAUAGGAAGAUGCUGGAGGUAGAUAAUAACUUUGGUGACAAUGACAAGGUCAAGUGGCAGAAAGAUGAUAUGGACAAUAAUUUGAAUUUCUUCUCUGUCUCUUCGGAUGGCCGCAUUGUCUCCUGGACCUUGGUUAAGAAUGAGCUGGUUCAUACAGAUAUCAUCAAGCUACUGGUUGAAGGAGCUACAAUGGAAGGGCCAGAGGGGCUGCAGCUGCUCACCAUUGGCUGUGGGACUUCAUUUGAUUUUCACAAGAAGAUUGAUUACCUGUUCCUUGUGGGUACUGAGGAAGGCAAAAUCUACAAGUGCUCAAAGUCCUACUCAAGUCAGUUCCUAGACAUCUUUCAUGCUCACCAUAUGGCUGUUGAUGCUGUGAGCUGGAACCCCUUCCACAACAAGGUCUUUAUUUCCUGCAGCUCAGACUGGACAGUGAAGAUCUGGGAUCACACCAUCAAGACUCCUAUGUUUAUCUAUGACCUGAAUUCUGCUGUUGGUGACGUGGCCUGGGCGCCUUAUUCCUCCACUGUCUUUGCUGCUGUAACCACCGAUGGGAAGACCUACAUCUUUGACUUAAGUGUCAACAAAUAUGAACCUAUUUGCCACCAGCCAGUGGUAGCCAAGAAGCGAAACAAAAUCACCCACGUCCAGUUCAAUGCCAUCUACCCCAUCAUCAUCGUUGGUGAUGACCGUGGCCAUGUCACCUGCCUGAAACUCUCUCCCAAUCUCCGCAAGAUGCCCAAGGAGAAAAAGGGCCAAGAGAUUCAGAAAGGGCCCGAGGUGGAGAUUUCAAAGCUGGACAAGCUGCUGAACCUGGUGAGGGAACCGACCACCAAGACCGGCAAGUGAGGAGACAGGUGGGCAGGGCGCCAACACGCACCUCUCCCCUGCGGCAGGGACGCCCCCGAGUCCAGGAGCAAGAACGCUUCAUCCAGGACGGCGCCCGGACGGGGUGGGCGGCUGUGCCAAAGCGGCCUUUUCUUCUGACACAAAGAGGUUUUGUUCGGGGCUUUGCAUCCAGAAAAAUAAAAGCGGAGA